AUGUCUUCAAUUAAUUUCAUACCAAAAACAUCAAAUUAUCUUCCAAAUAUUAAUAUUCCACCUCUUCGUCCAUAUUAUUUAACAGCUAAUAUUCCACCACCAAACAUUCAACCAAAUUAUCAAAAUUUAACUCGGCAAAUUCCACGGAAACCAUCUUUAUACGGGGCAGGUCAACGUAAGUACAAUUCUUAUAAAAAAUUUCAAACAGGUACAACAACAACUUUUAAUGGAUAUACAAAUCUUACUGGCAUUCCACCAAUUCCACCACCUCGUCGUCGUCAAUUACCACCAUCAUCAUCUCCAUAUCGUCAUAAUUAUCAUCACCAUAAUCAUCAUAAUCAUAAUUAUCAUCCAUCUCAUUAUAAUCGUCAAUAUCAUCAUCAUCAAAAUAAUAUCAAUAAUUUACCAACAUUAAUGUCAUUAAAUCCAUUUCAUUUACCAUCUCAUCAUCAUACACGGUCAUUCCAUCAAGCUCAACAUUUUCAUCCUAAUCAACAUCAACCACGAUCAGUAUCACGUUCUCGUUUUCAUAUUUUGGGUCAACUUCCAUCAAAAUCACGUUCACGUUCACGUUCAUUUCAUCGUCCACAACCACCACCAAUAAAACCACGUCGAGUUCAUCAACAACAACAUAAUUCUCAUCAUCGUCAUCAGCAUCAUAAUAAUUUUCAUAAUUUUCAUCGUUCACCAUCACCAUCACCUUCAUUUAAUAUUAAUAAUAAUAAUAAUAAUAACAUUAAACGUACUUUUAAAGGAAUUAUAUUAUCCGAUUCUAUGUGCUCCCGACUUAGAACAUAUGCGAUUAAAAAAUUACCCUUAUAUGAUGUAGAUUUAAGUUAUGAAUCAGGUUGUGAUAUUUAUAAUAUGAUACAAUGGUUAAACACACCUGAAGGUCGUGGUAAGGUAAGUGAUAAAGAUUUUCUAGUCAUAUGUUUGGGUACGAAUGAUGUGGGACGGUACGGUGUCGAGGUUACUCUGCAACGUACUAGCGAGCUCAUACGUUUCAUUCGCCGGUCAUUCCCAGGUAUCCGGGCCAUUAGUUGGUUAGCUUUGUCACCACGAUGGAAGCCAACGAGACUUGUCUCUGCGGCCAACAUCGGACAAAUGCAUAAUCAAUUUAAUGAGCAUCUUCAGGUCUUAUCCAACCAGUUGGAUUUUGACGUUGUUGAUGCGCGCCUUGGGCCUGCGGACAUGCGUGUGGAAGAUGGGCUACAUCCAUCUAACACCACUGGCAAGUGGAAAUAUGAAGGAGCUAUACGUGAAUGGUUCUCUUCUCGUGCUGUCGCACUUUCUUCCCUUCUUUUUCAGCGUCGUCGUCAUCGUCCAACACCAACAGCACCAACUACACCAACGACGACAACAACAUUACAAAUGAAUAAUAAUAUUUAUGUUCAACGGCAGUACCAACCUCGUCAAAAUUAUCAACAACAACAGCAACAACAAAAUAGAACAAGGUCAGUAACACUUUUUUCAAAUAAUAAUAAUAGUACUCAGCCAUUCUCAAUCACACCAGAUAGAGUAGUAGGACAAGGAAAUAGAAAUAGUAGAACACAUCCUAAUUUUCCAUCGAGAUCAUUAAUUAAGUAUUAUCCACAUAAGUUAAGGACUAAGGAACAAUUUUUUAGAGAUAAUGAACCACCAAAAGAAUUAGAAAAAGAAAAAGAUAAGAUAUUUUUAAUAGCAAAUAUUUAUUACCAACAGAGACAUUUUGAAGAAGAAAGUAGAAAAUGGAAAAUAUAUGAACAAGUAGCUAGUUGUAAGGAACAGAAUUUAGAUAAGGACGGGGACGAUAUAAGAAUGAUAGAUCUAGAAGAAAUUCCACAAGCACGACCUUUUUCAGAGAGAUACUCGAGGAUAUUAAAUAUGACAGUUAGUGAUACAGAUAGUCAGAGUAAUGAAGAUAGUAAUGUAGAAGAUAAGGAUAAGGAUAAGGAUAAGGAUAAAGAUAAGGAUAAGAAUAAUGAUAAGAAUAAGGAUAAGAAUAAGGAUAAGAAUAAGGAUAAGGAUAAGGAUAAGGAUAAGAAUAAGGAUAAGAGUAAGGAAGAGCCUAGUGAUAGUAACAUCAAUAGUACAUCAGAUAGUGAGAAUAGUAAUAGUGAAGAAGAAGAAGAAGAAGAUAAUAGAAAAAGAAAAUUACAAGAUACAAGUAUUUCACCAACAUCGAAAGGAAAAAUAUUAGAAAAAGAGAAUAUUAUUAGAAAGAAGAAAAUAGGAUCAAAAAAGAAAAAGAAAGUUGCUAUUGAGAAUGAUCCACGUGCACCAGAAGGAAGUCCUAUAUUAUUAGUUAGUGAGAAUAGUAAUAAGGAAAAGACAGAUCAGAUAGCUAAGAAAACAAGAGCAGAUACACCUAUAGAUAAAAAAGAAAAACAUCAGCCAUGGAAUACACAUGUACACGUAAGAAAGCCACAAAGAGUUAGAAUUCAACAACAGGAAUUAUUUGAUGCACAAAUUCAGGAUUCGUCCACUGAGCUUCCCAAAACACCACCAGGUUUAAAUGAUCCACCACCAAUCAGUCCACGACAGAGUACACCAAAAACACCUAUAGCACCUCCUCGACCAUUAGUUUAUAGUCCCAAUUUUAUAACAUCAAAUAUUGAAAAUGAAAAAGAAAAAGAAAAUCAUAAUAAUCCACCUAUAGUAACACCUCGAAUAAGAUCAACGAUAGAGAUAGAAGAACAAGAUCAUCAAAUGGAACAAGAUAGUAUUUCUCAUUCACCAUCAGUUAUUCCGAAAGAUUCUGAAAUUAAUAGAAUAAAUUUAUUUAAUUUUCCAAUAGUACCUAUAGAAUGUAAAUUUCAUUUUAAGAUCUUUCAUUUAAAGGCAGAUACAGAAAAUAUUAGAUUACAUCAAGAAUUUUUAGAAAAGAAAUCGAAACAACAAGAAAAAGAAUUAGAAGAAAUGAUGAAACAAUUUAGUGAAGAUUUACAUAGAAUAAUAGUAAAAUUUGUUAAGAACAGUAUAGAUCCGUUAAUAGAUAGUUUAAAAAUUUCAAAUCAAAAACGUUUAGAUAACCUUAUUUUAGAUCAGAUAAAAGAAAAAGCUUUAAGAACAAUUAGAAAUAAGAAUAAUAAGGAUAGUUUAGAAAUAAUAGAAAAAGCACAGCAUAGAUUUGAGAGAAUAUUAGAAUUAAAAUUCCAGUUAGAUAAGUUAGAUAGAAGAUUAAAUGAGAAUAUGCCACCACCAGCAUUAAGUAUUAUGGAUAAAUUACAGUUUAGAAUUAAUAAUAAAGUAUUAGAUUUAGGAGAUGAAGAGAGAAGAAUUUUAAAUUAUGGACCAAAAUUUGUACCUGAGAAUCCAAAACAGGCCUUAGAUAGAUUAGAAGAAGAGAUUAGAGUAAUGAAAGAUAAGGUAGCCGAAGCUUGGAGAAGAGAAACUAGGACAUCAAUAGCGUAUAUGAGAAAGACAGAUGCCUACGAAGAGAUAGAAAAAUCCCCAUUAGUUAGUAUGAUAGAAAAAACAGAAGAGUUAUUAAGAAAUUUAAUAAGUAGAAAAUUAUUACCCGGGAAAUAUUUUGAGAAACUUAAACCAGAUCCAAAAGAUGCCGAGUUACCCCAUCUUUAUUACAACCCAAAAGAUCAUAAGGUAGGAGAACCACUUAGACCAAUUGUUUCGGGAAUGAAAUCACCAACACAAAAAAUCUCGGCUUUUCUUGACAAAAUUAUACGUCCCAUUUUUGAUAGAUUAACCCCAUAUAGUUUGACAAAUAGUAUAGAAUUUUUAAAGGAAUUAAAAAAAUAUGAGACAACAGACCAGACCAUUGUAUAUACAUUCGAUAUAACGGAUUUAUAUACAAUGAU